ACAGCCUUGAAGGCAUAAGCUUGUAAUCCCAGCUACUUGGGAAGUCGAAGCAAUAAAUUUGCAGAGUCAAGGCCUGCCUCGGCUACACGAUUCACCAUCAGGCUGGCAGAGUCAACUUUGAACUAUGCUUCGUGCUGUUCUGGGAAAGGCCAUUCGACUUGCUGGCUAUACCAUUCAGUAUGGCUGUAUAGCUCAUUGCGCUUUUGAAUAUGUUGGUGGUGUUGUGAUGUGUUCUGGACCAUCAAUGGAACCCACAAUUCAAAAUUCAGAUAUUGUCUUUGCAGAAAAUCUAAGCCGACAUUUUUAUGGCAUCCAAAGAGGUGACAUUGUAAUUGCAAAAAGCCCAAGUGAUCCAAAAUCAAAUAUUUGUAAAAGAGUAAUUGGUUUGGAAGGAGACAAAAUCCUCACCACUAGUCCAUCUGAUAUCUUUAAGAACCAUAGUUACGUGCCAACAGGUCAUGUUUGGCUAGAAGGUGAUAACUUACAGAAUUCUACAGAUUCCAGGUACUACGGACCUAUACCAUAUGGACUAAUAAGAGGACGGAUCUUCUUUAAGAUUUGGCCUUUCAGGGACUUUGGAUUUCUGCGUGGCAGCCCAAAUGACCACAGAUUUUCUGAUGAUUAACAAGUAUUUACUUUUUGAUUUGAUUAUUGUCUCCUAUUUAAAUGAAUUUUUACUGCAGUUGAAACCAUGAACUUUUAAUAAACUAUUUGCUAUUCAGUUUUAUUUAUGUUUUUAAUUAGAUAUAAGAGUAAAUAUCACACUCUGCAAUUAACUAAAAGUAUUUGGAUAAAAAUUAAUCCAAAACAAGUUUUCCUUCUAGAUUUUAUGUUAUAAAAUAUCUUGGGGAAGAAAUCCAAGUGACUACCUCAUAUCUGAAUUUUGGUAGUUCCUGUACAAUGCAAGCAGUCUGGUGUCAAGUGACCAACCUCAUGUGCCAGCCCUUUACAGGAGUCUAAGACUAAACAUCCCAAAUCUAAGCUCUUCUGACAACAGCAAGGGGAGACCUAACAGAACCCUCUGAGCAGCAGUCUGUAUGGGUUCCCUUGUGUUCAUGAAAUGAAUUCUGGUCGACAUAGUA